AUGAUGUUUUCGUUUACAUCACUUGGCGGAAAGAUUGAUAAUUCAGUCAACAGCGGUAAAGGUCCCAAGAUUUUUAAACUACAUGGCGAGAAUUAUCAUUUGAUUGGAAGUAUGAAGCCAAAGGCCAACGAACCUGCUAAAUUUUCUCAGUUGUAUAUUCAUGAUACUCAGAACGAAGUACAAAACAGAAUAUCAGCCUUGAGCGGGAAUACCGAGCGAAGUAAAAUCAGACCUGAUUUAGUGGAGUCUAUCAUGGAAAUGCUAAGAGGUUGCAAUAUCCAUGUAAAGACCUUCAGGAAUGCCAUCGAUAGAUUUAAUGAUGAAACGGAAAGCCAGGAUGUGGCAUUAAAGCUGAUUAAUGAUCGUCAAAAAGAUGGUCGAGUAUACAAUCUCCCUACUUCAUCCGAAGUUGCAGCUUUGGUUGUAGGUGAUUUCCAGCUCAAUAUGGACAAAAGGGAUAUAAUUUUGGAGAAGUGUACUGGUAAGCUUAAAAGGAUCAACGAGUUGCAUCCGUGUUAUCUGCCACUACAGUAUCCAAUUUUAUUUCCUUACGGCGAGGAUGGUUUCCGUCUAGGCAUCAGGAACGGUUUUACGAGCAUCAACAAGAGAAAGAAGCCAAACAUCAGCAUGAGGGAAUUUUUUGCAUAUCGGAUUCAGAUCCGUUUGGUUGGUUCUCAGGUGUUACUAUUUUCGAGGCGGCUACUACAACAAUUUUUGGUUGAUGCUUACACAAUGAUUGAAACUCAUCGUCUUCGGUACAUAAGGAAGAAUCAGGGGAAUUUGAGGACUUUGAAUUUUAGCAAGUUUCUGGCUGCUGCAAACGGUGGUAAUUCAACUAUGCCUAUAGAAGGAAACCCUGUUAUAAUACCAUCUUCCUUCACCGGCGGACCAAGGUAUAUGCAUCAAAUGUAUUUGGAUGCAAUGACUAUUUCCAAAUACUAUGGAUUUCCAGAUCUCUUCAUUACAUUUACAUGUAAUCCAAAGUGGCCUGAGUUGACCAGAUAUUUUCAGAAACACAACCUCCGAUCGGAGGAUAGGCCUGAUUUGAGCUGUAGACUAUUUAAAGUAAAGCUUGAUAGCUUGAUGGAUGAUCUAACUAAGAAACAUGUGCUUGGGAAAACAGUUUCUGCUGUUUACACAAUAGAGUUUCAAAAAAGAGGCCUCCCACAUGCUCAUAUUUUGUUGUUCAUGGAGUCCAAAGACAAAUUCCCUACGUCUGAUGAUAUUGAUCGCAUCAUAUCAGCUGAGAUUCCUGAUCAUAUACUUGAACCUCGCCUGCAUGAAAUUGUGAAGGACACAAUGAUUCAUGGACCAUGUGGUGUUGCCAACCAAAAGUCUCCAUGCAUGGAUUCUGGACGAUGUACUAAAUUUUUCCCCCGAAAGAUUGUAGAGAAAACUACGGUGGAUUCAGAAGGUUAUCCCAUUUACAGGCGUCGAGAAAAUGGCUCUUUUGUUGAGAAGAAAGGUAUUAAGCUGGAUAAUAGAUUUGUGGUUCCAUAUAACAAGCAUCUCCUGCUCGCAUACAAUGCACAUAUCAAUGUUGAGUGGUGCAAUCAAUCCCGAUCUAUUAAAUACUUAUUCAAGUACAUCAACAAAGGAUCAGACUGUGUGACAGGAACCGUGACUCAUAGGACCACAAAGGAUUCUACUGAAGCUGAAAAUGGUGCCACCACAGAAGGAGAAUGCUUGGAACCACAAGUUGAUGAGAUAAAAAAAUAUUUUGAUGCCAGAUAUAUAUCUGCUUGUGAGUCAACUUGGCGGAUUUUUGCCUUCCCAACUCAUUAUAGAGCUACACCAGUUGAGAAGCUUACAUUCCAUCUAGAAGGAGAUCAACCUGUUGUUUAUAAGCAAGGAGAUACAGUUGCAAGUGUUAUCGCAAGGGUAAAAGUGACGAAAACUAUGUUCUUAGCAUGGUUCGAUUGUUGUGAACACUACCCUGAAGCUAGAUUGCUCACUUAUGCGGAGAUGCCGACCAAGUUCAUAUAUGAUGCCAAGGGAAAAGUAUGGAAUAAACGGAAGAAGGGUUUUGCUAUCGGUAGAUUGCAACAUGUUUCGCCAAGUUCUGGACAGCUUUAUUAUUUGAGAGUCCUAAUAAAUAAAAUAAGAGGUCCAAGGUCUUAUGCUGAUAUUAAGACAGUUGAUGGUGUAGUUCAGCCAACAUUCGAAGAUGCAUGUUAUAAGCUCGGUCUUUUGGAUGACGAUAAGGAGUAUAUUGAAGGACUUAAAGAGUGUAGUUUCUGGGCAUCAGGACAGUACGUCAGAAAAUUUUUCGCUCAGAUGUUGUUGUCUGAGAGUCUAUCUUCUCCCAAAUUGGUAUGGGAAGCAACAAAAGAUAUUUUAUCAGAAGAUAUUUUGUAUAUUGAGAGAAGAAGGCGUCGUAACCUAGGUUUAAUAUUGAGUGAAGACCAGAUUCUCAAUUGUGCCUUGCUAUUGAUUGACCAGGUUUUGCGUCGUAAGAAUGUGUCUUUGGCGAAAUGGGAGACGAUGCCACAGCCUACUGACAACGACCAAUCAAAUACUGAUAAUCAGCUGCUGCAAGCUGAACUCAACUAUCCAGUUGAACAGUUGCGUGUACAACAUCAAGAGUGGUUAGGCAAAUUGACUGAUGAACAAAGGGGAGUUUACGAAAAAAUUAUUGGAUCAGUCAAUAGUUCUACAGGCGGAGUGUUUUUCGUCUACGGCUUUGGGGGGACCGGGAAAACGUUUUUAUGGAACAUACUUUCUGCUGCUGUUCGUUCGAAAGGAGACAUUGUCCUUAAUGUUGCUUCUAGCGGCAUCGCCGCAUUGUUGCUUCCUGGUGGAAGAACUGCUCAUUCAAGGUUUAGUAUUCCUAUUAAUCCCGAUCAAUUUUCAACAUGCAAAAUACAACCCGGUAGCCAUCAGGCGGAGUUAUUAUCUAAAGCUUCACUUAUUAUUUGGGACGAAGCACCGAUGAUGAGCAAACAUUGCUUUGAAUCUCUUGAUCGUAGUCUUUGCGACAUUAUGAAGACUACAGAUGAAAUACCUUUUGGUGGAAAAGUUAUUGUUUUCGGCGGUGAUUUCAGACAGAUAUUACCCGUCAUUCCCAAGGGUAAUCGUGCUGAUAUUGUCAUGGCUUCUCUUAAAUCCUCCUAUUUGUGGAAGCACUGCAAAGUCUUGGAGCUAACAAAGAAUAUGAGGCUUUUCUCAGAAUCUGAUGGUCAAGAAGUUCAGGAGAUUAAGGAGUUCUCAAAAUGGAUUUUGGAUGUAGGAGACGGAAAGAUCAAUGAACCCAAUACAGGUGAAAAAAUGAUAGACAUUCCCAAGGAUCUACUGAUAACCGAAUGCACCGAUCCUAUUGAGGCUAUUGUUGCAGAAGUUUAUGGAACCACUUUCAAAGAUUCAAAGGAUCCUAUGUUCUUUAACGAGAGAGCUAUUUUGUGUCCAACCAACGAAGACGUAGAUGUCAUAAACAACUACAUGCUUGAUCAAUUGAAUGGUGAAGAACGAAUAUACUUAAGCUCUGAUAGUAUUGAUCCAGCAGAUUCAAACUCAAAAGAUGACUCCGUUUUCACCCCUGAGUUUCUGAACAGUAUAAAAACUUCAGGAUUGCCUAAUCAUUCUAUCCGGCUAAGGAUUGGUACACCAGUGAUGUUACUGAGGAAUAUUGAUCCUGACGAAGGCUUGUGCAAUGGCACAAGAUUGCAGAUCACCCAGAUGGCGAACCACAUUAUAGAAGCUAAGGUUAUCACUGGUAAAAGAAUUGGUGAUAAGGUCUGGUUACAUCGAGUCCUGUUGGAACCGUCUGAUACAAAGCUUCCAUUCAAGAUGAGGAGAAGACAAUAUCCACUGAAAGUGGCUUUCGCAAUGACAAUAAACAAAAGCCAAGGUCAAACACUAGGUAAAGUGGGUUUGUAUUUACCUAGACCGGUUUUCUCACAUGGACAAUUGUAUGUUGCUGUGUCUCGUGUGAAAUCAAGAAAAGGACUGAAGAUUCUUAUCACUGAUAAUGACGGGAAACCGCAACAUUCAACAAUGAAUGUUGUUUACAAGGAGAUCUUCCAAGAUUUAAUUUGUGAACGUGACAUUUAG